GAUUUGUUGAGUUUUACAUUUGCCAUUCUUUUGUUUUAUUUACUUAGUUCAUCAAUUGAUCUUAUUAUCUUUCCAAUAUGUCUAAAGUUUAUUUUGAUAUUGCUGCCAAUGGCCAAAAAUUAGGUAGAGUUACCUUUAAAUUAUAUAAUGAUGUUGUUCCAAAGACUACUGAAAAUUUCAGAGCUUUAGCUACUGGUGAAAAAGGUUUUGGUUUCGCUGGAUCUUCAUUCCAUAGAGUUAUUCCUCAAUUCAUGUUACAAGGUGGUGAUUUCACUAGAGGUAAUGGUACUGGAGGUAAAUCCAUCUAUGGUGAAAAAUUUGCUGAUGAAAACUUUGUCAAGAGACAUGAAAAACCUGGUUUAUUAUCAAUGGCUAAUGCUGGUCCAAAUACUAAUGGAUCACAAUUUUUCAUUACUACUGUUGCUACUCCAUGGUUAGAUGGUAAACAUGUUGUCUUUGGUGAAGUUGUUGAAGGUUACGAUGUUGUCAAGAAGGUUGAAUCUUAUGGUUCUAACAGUGGUGCUACUAGUGCUAAAAUUGUUAUUGAAGCUUCUGGUGAAUUAUAAAUUAAUUAAUUUUGAUUAAUUAAUUUUGAUUCAUUCAAUUGGUAUCAAUUGAUUUAUGUAGUUUGAUUUUUUUUGAAUUGAUUUAUUAUAAUGAUAAAGUUACAAAAAAAGAUUAGUUAUUUAAAUAAGUUUUACAAAUAUAUGAAUUUAUAUGUUUAA